AUGACAUGUGUUUUAUCACCUGACAUUGAAGAGAAUGCAAACAAGAACCUCAAAAUAACAGUGGUGUAUGGCAGGUCAAGGAGAAACAAGAGAACAGUGUCUGAAGGCUUCCACCAGCUGCAGACAGAAUUACAUGAUGCCUGUCAAGCAGCGGGCCCCAAAACUGACUGCAGCAUUGCAAUGCACAGCUGCAAGACCAACUCAGGUAAUGUCAAAACAGCCUCUAUUGAAUUGCCGGAGGAAUUAAACUUUGUGAGCCCUGCAAAACAGUGUUCGUCUCAAUCCAGCAGCAAGGUCAAAUGCCAGAAGCGAGAUGAUUUUGCUACCUUAAGGAAACCUGGCAGACCAGCUAAAGUUAAAAUCUCUGGAAUCUCUGUCACAGUGACUACAGUAUCACCACGGCAACGUAAAAUUCAACUUAACAAGGAUGCUCGGCAGUCUCCCAAAACACUGAUUUUUAAGAAAGUACUUCAGCCAGAAAUCAAAUGUGCCAAAGAGCCCCGGACAAUCGGUUAUCAAUCAAACAGAAACAGUCACACUGACAAAGGGGUAGACACAAGAGAUGAAAGCAAAGAGAAACUGCCAACUCAGUCUGUAGCAGUGCGCCAGUCAAUGAGGGUGAGAAAGCCCUCGAUCCACUUUCUGCAUGCAGUUGCCACUUCCACUUCGAGAUCAUACAGCCACAGUAAUGCUCUGCUACGGCGCUCUAAACAGUUUCUGCUGAAUAAGGUUAAUGAACGGAAACAGGGUGAGCAGCAGAAUAGUGCACAAACUUUAGGGGAAGAAAGGCCACUCUUCGGACAGGAAAGGAUUUAUAUCUCUGAAGACAUGGGCAGAGUGGGAGCAUUAUCUGUGGACUCCAUUUUUACUCCAACAAAGACACUAAGGUGGUGGGCAGCAUCAGCUGAGGACAAGACAACAAAUCAGGAGCUCGCCAGGCGUAUACGACUCAUUUCGGACACCUGGGUGCCAAGCAGUGAGGAGAAUCAAGAAAAAGAACUUGCGUCUGAUUCUAAAAUAGACACAAAGAGCAACAGUCCACUGACCAGAAAGUCCAAACAUUCCUCUGUGGUUCGCACACUGUUUGACUGUCCUCCCAACAAACCAAGGGCUUGUAGCAUGCAGCAGCUCUGCUCAUGGUUUAUGCAAACUACAGAGACACAGUCCCUGGCUAUCGUUAAGAAGGCAAGCUCCCGCAAUCCAUAUGAGCUCAUGCACUUCCCUCGUUCCACCAACACAAAAAGUGUUUGCUACAGUCCCCAGGCAGAGCGACUCCGCAAACACAUAAAGAAGUUUGCAAAAAUCAUGCCAAAAAGUCCCUUGCAAUAUCAACAGGCCCAAAAAGGGUUAAGGGGCAAGAGGCCUAAGUCAGCACAUAUUAGGCGUCAACUUUUCGGUCCUGGGCUGGCAAAAGGCAGGCCAGGUCAAGGAGCCCAAUGGAAGACAAGUCAAGCAUUUGGCAAAUAUCAGGCCACUCUGUCUAGAGCAAGGACAAGGUUCCUAUCCCCCAAAAAUCGAGAGGAAUGGCGGAAGAUUCAAAGGACUAAGAAAAAUCCAAAAAGGGCUGUUGGUAGUCCAGAUGAACUGAUGGGGUCUGGACCAAAUCCAAAAUGUAAUGCAUUACGGAGAUCAGUAAAAACGCAGUUGCUCAAAUGUUUUGAGAACAGAUCUGCCACCAACUCAACAGAACAAACACGGGAGCCUGUUGACGGACGCAAGGAGCAGAACCUAUCUUCAAAAGCUUGGAGUCCUGAGACGCUCAAGGAAUGUAGGGUGUUUCUGAGAAAGAUCAACUCUCCAGACACUGAAUCACCUGAGGAAGAAUGUGACUCCUGUACUGUGACACUGGAUGAUGGGUCCCCCUCAGCAUACCACUUUGCAAGAAGGGAGAGAGAACUGGCUGAAGUUGUCAAAGCUGUGAGAACUCAAAGAAAGCGUGGCACGAGUCAAAAUGCCUCCAGAGAGCUCGCAGGCUCAGCGCCUAAAUUAGUCCAGGAGCAGAAAGAGAUUAAAUCUGGGAGGCAGAACGGCAAAUACAGAAGCCCUGGGGUUCUGUCGACUGAACAACCACCACCAGCGAAAAUGUUGAGACAAUCGCGAAUGAGGGGCCUAAGUGGGCCCAGAUGGUGCGACUUUGUAUUAGGUAACUAUUAUGCCUCUUUUACUUCACAACUCUGGAGACAUCAAGUUUUACUUUGAAGUUGCCACAAAAUAACAUGGACUCUUUUUUUUUUCACAGGAACCUAA